UGAUAUACAUUCUCUAAUCCUAAUUUCUGUAAAACAGAAAAAAUGAGUGGACAAGGAAUGAAUAUCUCUUCCACUGGUGCUGCGGCAUCAAUUUGGAGAACUUAUUUAGCAGUAAAGAGUCUCAUAGAUUGCAUCUGCAUCUGUGUAUCUGAUGUUAUGAAGAUGGCUUGAUGACCAUCACUAAACUGCUGUCAAGUGUGCUUUACAAGUGAUGGUAAAUAUUUUCCUCUGCAGAAAAUAUUUGGAGAGUUUAUCCUUAGUCUCAUGAAAUUUUUAGAAUUUACUUCUGCUAUAACAAUCAUCCAUGGAUAUCACACAUGAAUAAUGAUUAGGAGAAUUUGCAUACUGACUGCUUGUUCAAAUUAACGGAACUCAGUUUUCAUACAGUUCUACACUUGGUGGAGAGUAAAGACUCGCCCUCAAGUUAUUAUUUGUGACUAUACUGACGCCAUGUUUCUUUUCCAAGUGAUUUUUCUUAUAUUUAGUUUCCCCUGAUCCUCGUAUCACCGGAGUAAAGAGGGGAUUGCUAAGCGUCAGGCAAAGUGACUUUUUAUCAGCUGGGCUGAUGACCAUUGACCUGAAAGUAAAGCAAUGGUGUCAUGUAGAUGCGUAAUCAACUGUUUGGUGUUGGUCGUAAAAGGCAACCUUAAUUAGAAUGCAAGGAUCAGCUAACAAGAACAAAUAGCCAAGGAUGGUCGAGUUGCUGCUCUAAGGAUCUCGAUCCAGGAAUCCCAUUCUUGACAAUAUUUUUUUUAUUUUUAUUUGCUUAUGGAAAGAAAUGCAAACAACAAAUCUUAUCAAUUUAUAAAUCCUUAGCUUAAUAUUCUUACAUCAAAUAAAUACAUAAUUCUUAGAUUACAAUGUUGACCUCGUAUGAUUUAUUCCUCGCUGGGAUUCUCUUGUUGAUAACUGAGAUGAACGCUUGCUAGAGAGGGUGAUAGGUGGAAGACGGAAGGCAGCUAUAAAUCAUGGGUGGAAAGAUGUGUUUGCGUCCGCGUAAGAAUCCUACUACUUGCACUAUCACAAGGAUCGAAUGGGGAGAGCAAUUCUUGAUUACACACUGGUUCCUUUGGGACUUGUUACGAUGGUGGCAUACCACAUAUGGCUUCUGUAUCGAAUCAUGAAGCACCCCACCAAGACUGUCAUUGGCAUCAAUGCUAUCAAUCGCCGCUUCUGGGUUCGAGCCAUGAUGGAGGACGUGUCCAAGAAUGGAGUUCUCGCAGUGCAGACGCUGAGAAACAAUAUAAUGGCAUCCACCGUCUUGGCAUCAACAGCCAUCAUGCUCAGCUCCCUUAUUGCCGUUCUCAUGACAAGCGGCAGCGGGGACAAGUCAGCCAGGAAUUUUGUGUUUGGGGACAGGAGUGAGUUAGGGUUGUCUAUCAAGUUCUUCUCAAUACUGGUGUGCUUCCUGGUGGCAUUCUUGCUGAAUGUGCAGUCAAUCAGGUACUACAGCCAUGCAAGUAUCCUCAUCAACGUGCCCUUCAAGAAGAUGUGCCUUGAUCAUCGCCAUCAGCAUCUCAGCACCGAGUAUGUGGCUAGGUCCGUGAACAGGGGUAGCUAUUUCUGGUCAUUAGGCCAUGUGUGAGCAAAAAAAUCAAAAAAUUAAUUAAACCGAGAAAACUGAAAAAAAAAACCCGAAAAAACCGAACUGUGAAAAAAAACUAAAACUGAAUCGAACCGGUCAGUUUUUUUCAAAAUUUUAAUAGGUUUGAUCGGUUUUUUUCACGAUUCGGUUUUUUCGGUUAUUUUUUUACAGUGUUCUCGGUUUAAUCGGUUUUUCGGUUUUUUUCUCACCCUUAGUUAAUAUACGGUAAAAAAAGAUUUGGAUCGCUGUGCAAAGAGAGAUCGUAGUGGAUUUGGAUCGCCGUGUUCAUUGUAUCAAUCAAAAAACUGAGAGAUUGUCACUGUACGUGAUCAUAAAUUCAAGAAAGGUCUGAAAGAGAGGAGCACGCGUGUCACACGAGUGAAGUGGCGUGCGCGUACCGACUCCACUUUAUAUACAACCACACAUGUAGGCUGUGUUUGUUUGCCGGAAAGUGGUUUUCGAGAAACUACCUUCCAAACUUUCCUGUGUUUGUUUGCCAUUAGAAAAGUUGGUCAACGGAAAACAUUUUCCGAUUAACAGAAAACAUUUUUCUUUUAUUUUGGCUUGGUUUUCAGGAAAUUGUUUUCCUUUUAUUUUGGCGGAAAACACUUUCCAGAAGUUGUGAAAAAUUUAGAAAUGUCAUAUUAUUUGUUGAUU